AUGUUAAUUUCCACACUUGUUCUGAAGGAACCAGAGGGAGGUGUGAUGACCCGAGAAACCGCAAUACGCCUUAUACAACGGCAUGAACGAGCCCGACAAGGUCGUCUACGCGCUAAGUUCAUGAUGGAAAUCCGUCAACAAGAGGAGGCAGAUGAGGCUAGAAAACUGAAUUCAAAGCCUUUGGAGCCGAUAGAGGCAGCUAUUCGUCUCCAGAAGGUUUUAUUUAUAGCAUUUUUUGUUAAUUCCUUCUAA